AUGUUCGCCAAAAUCUUUGCUAUUGCUGUCUGCCUUUUCGGCUUAGCUCACGCCGGAGCUCUUUACAAUGGAGUAGCGAACUACGCCGGUUAUGGUGCAGGCCUUUACAACGGUUACGGAUACACUGGAUACGCCCCUGCUUCCUACGCAUAUUCUAAGGUUUUGCCCGUCAGCACUGGCUACUAUGGUGGAUACAAUGGAGCCUAUGGCGGUUACGGCAAUGGUCUUUAUAGCGGAUACGGCUACGGAUGGUAA